AUGAGAGUUCUUGAGAUUAAGAACAAAGCCAGAAAAUUAAAUGUGGAGCCCUUAAGAUAUAACCUCUCAAAAUUGUACAUCUUGAGCCAGAAGGAGGUAUGCAAGGGAGAAGAUAUCUUUUUACUCUCUCUUAUCUUCAGUAGUCCAGGAAAUGGGUCAAGGAGGGAUUUGAUAAGGCAAACCUGGGCUAAUGUGACUAGUAUAAGGGGACAUCCCAUCCUUACAUUAUUUGCCUUGGGAAUGCCAGAUCCGGGAACCUCUCAGCAAGACAUCAACAAGGAAUCUAAUAAAUACAGAGAUAUUAUUGAAGGAUUCUUUCUAGACAGUUCUGGGAACCAAACACUAAAGACUGUCAUGAUGAUGCAGUGGGCUGUGACUUUCUGCCCAAAUGCCAAGUUCAUCCUCAAGGUGAAUGAAGAGAUGUUUGUGAACAUUCCUAGUCUUGUAGACUAUCUUCUCAACUUGAAAGACCACCUUGAAGAAAUAUAUGUGGGAAGAGUCAUCCAUCAGGAUAUGCCCAACAGGGAUCCUCAAAGUCUAGACUUUGUGUCAGUUAGUGAGUAUCCAGAAAAGUACUACCCUGAUUAUUGCAGUGGAGAGGCCUUUAUUGUGUCCCAGGAUGUGGCCCGCAUGAUGUAUAUGGUUUUCAAGGAAACACCUUUGGCAAUACCUGCUGAUGCUUUCAUAGGAAUCUGCGCCAAGUAUGCUGGCCUCAUCCCCAUCCAUAGUUCACGGUUUUCUGGGGAGAAGCAUAUCAGGUACAAUAGAUGCUGCUAUAAGUUCAUCUUCACAUCCUCAGAAAUGACAGAUGAAGAAAUGCCACUUGAGUGGAGGGAAAUUAAUGAUGGGAAAGCCUGCACUUUGCUUGAAACCUAUUAUGGGUUGGUGUCCUGCAAACUUUUAACUUAUCUUGAUGCCUUUAAACACUUUAAUAUAGCCGCUAUAAAAAGUGAUGCAAUGUAUUUUGCUAAUUAA